AUGAUUCGGCGCAACGCGCGGCUGCGGCGCGAGUAUCUGUACCGCAAGAACCUGGAGGGCAAGGAGCGCGUGCAGUACGAGAAGAAGCUCAAGAUCCGCCAGGCGCUGCAAGAGGGUCGGCCGGUUCCCACGGAGCUGCGCAACGAGGCGUUGGCGCUGCGGGACGAGAUCGACCUCGAAGACGACUACACCGCGGAGCCGCGAUCACAUGUGGACGACGAGUAUGCGAGGGCGGGCGAGGAGGACCCGCGCGUGCUGCUGACCACGUCGCGCGACCCCAGCAGCCGCCUCACGCAGUUUGUCAAGGAGCUCAAGAUCGUCUUCCCCAACGCACAGAGAAUCAACCGCGGAGGGCAGGUGAUAAACGAGAUUGUGGCAUCGGCGCGCAGCAGCGCAUUCACAGACAUCAUAGUGGCGCACGAGCACAGAGGGCAGCCUGACGGGCUAGUCGUCUGCCACCUGCCCUACGGCCCCACCGCUUAUUUCGGCCUGCUCAACGUGGUGACGCGGCAUGACAUUCAGGACAGAGCCGCCAUAGGCACCAUGUCAGAGGCAUACCCACACCUCAUUCUCGAUAAUUUCUCCACCAAGUUGGGGCAGCGCACGAGCAACAUUCUCAAGUAUCUCUUCCCGGUGCCCAAGCCUGACUCUAAGCGUGUCAUCACAUUUGCCAACCAGUCCGACUACAUCUCCUUCCGUCACCACGUAUACGAGAAGCCUCAAGGACCCAAGUCUCUACAGCUCAAGGAAGUCGGGCCUAGAUUUGAGCUCCGGUUGUACCAGAUUAAGUUGGGAACAAUGGACCAGCCAGAGGCGGAGAACGAGUGGGUGAUUCGGCCAUAUAUGAAUACAGCGAAGAAACGCUCCUCUUUCCCCACCGUAGCGCGCGAGAUGGAGAUCUCGUUACAAAGUACCGCACGCGCUGCCUUUCGCACAGCGCCGCAGCGGUCUGCGAGGAAUGAGGCUGGCGACGCCGCGCAAACUACCGCGCAAGCCUCCCUCUCUUCGCUCUCAUGCGCAGCGCUCGCUGGUGCGGGGCGUCGGAGCCUUUUCUCCGCCUCUCCGCUUCCGCACGCGCGGGCAUCUUCCCGCGGCAUCCGCCGCGGAGUGAUCUCCGCAGUCGCCGCGGGAGUGGCGGGAGCCGCCGGCUCAAACAAGACCCGCCUGGCGCGAGCGGCGGAGCUAGCGCAGUGGCUAGCCUCCGCGGGCUUCCCCGCGCAACCUGUUGCGCCCGCGGACGCCGGCGCCGCGGGAAUCGGGCUUUCCGCCAAAGACCCAAUAAAAAAGGGCCAAGUGGCGCUGCGCGUGCCGGAGAAUUUUGUCGUGACGUCUGUCGACGUGGCGGAGCACCCGGUGGUGGCGAAGGCGGCGGAGGGACGUGGCGAUUUGGUCGGCCUGACUCUCUGGCUGAUGUGGGAGCGCUCUCAGGGAGACGCGUCGCUCUGGGCUCCGUACAUUCGCACUUUUCCGGAAGCCACGUCAUCGCCGCUGCUUUGGCCGGCAGACGACCGGCAGCGGCUGCUGGCCGGCACGACGAUCGCCGACGAGAUGGACGGCCGGGUGGCGGAAAUGGAAGCGGUGUAUAGCGUUCUUAAAGCCACGCAUUUUGACGCGGACCCUAGUUCCUUCCCGACCUCUCCAGCCUCCGCUCCUUUUUCUCCGGAGUCUUUUAAGAAAGCCUUUGCUGUGGUGCUGUCGCGUGCCGUGUACCUCCCCUCGGUCGACUUAUUCGCCUUGAUUCCCUUGGCUGAUCUAGUCAACCACUCGCCCGCACCCUCUAACCCGGCUAUUCCUCCGCCCUCUUCUUUCGAUUUUGACCCGGCGUCGCAAUGCGUGGUUCUUCGUUCCCACAUUGAUCUCUCUUCCGGCGAUCCUCUCCUCGCAUCGUACGGCCAGGAUCGCACCCCGGCGGAUCUCCUCCUCACGUAUGGCUUCGUGCCGCGCCCCUCGCCGUCCGAUUUCCUUCUGCUGCCAGUCUCGCUUGUUCCUGGCGACCCCCUGUUGGAAUUCAAGCGGCAGAUUCUAAACGACCAGGGGCUGUCUGUAUCGGAGAUGUUUCCUCUUUUCACGGACCGCUUUCCACGUCAGCUGAUCGCGUUCAUGCGGCUCGCGCGGCUCCAGGAUGCGGCGCAACUCGCGGGAAUCAGCUUCGACCGCGAUGUGAUGCUAUCGGAGGCGAACGAGUACGAGGCGCUGCAGAUCCUGCUACGUGACUGUAACGACCGGGUCGCGGAAUUCCCGCAGACUCUGGAGGACGACCUCCGGCUGCUCAAUCUCGGCUCCGCCGUUUCCGCCGGCGCCGCCUCCGCCGCCGCCGCCGCCGCCGCCGCGGCAAAUGCCGAGAGCAGCAGCAGCAGCAGUGGCGGCGGGGGCGGGGUUUUUGGAGGGCUUUUCGGGGGUUUUGGCGGGGGGCAGCAGCAGAAGCAAUCGGUGAGUGAAGCUGAACGGGCAUCGGCUGCUGCUGCAGCAGAGGCAGCCGCAGCAGAGGAGCGAGAAAUGCUGGCAGCAGCGCUACGGGCGCGGGAGAAGCAGAUUCUAGCCAAUACCGUUGCUGCGCUGCGCACUAAGCUGGCGCCAAUUAGGGGGCUGCCGAGCAAGCAGGGCAUGGAUGACCCGAACGAGGAGAUUAAAGCCAUGUUUGGCAUGAUGGAGGCGGGGUUUUCUGCGCCGACCAAGCUGUUUUCGGAUUUGAUGAAACGGAAGAAUUCGCCUUAG